AUGAUUGCUACCUCAUAUGCAAAAAGAAAUAUUUCAUGUCUCAAUCCUCGAGGCUUAACUCGACUAUCAUCGUGGCACAAGACAGCAAGACUCCCAGCGUCAGCCAAUGCCAGCCGUAGGUGUUUUCAUGAUGGUAAAGAUGUUGCGCCGCGACGCAAUACCAAUAUUGCCGAAUCCGAAUACUUGAAAGAGUACAAGGGAGCAUACAAUGUAUCUACCAAUGCCUCUUUUUUCGACUUCGAAAGUAUUACCGAUCAUCUAAAUACAGAAACAGUCGCUGCUGGGUUCUUGGUCAGCACGAGAAGACUCUCCGACUCUCUGUUAUUUGCCACACUACGAAAGGGCAUUGGAAAGGAUGUGCAAAUAUUAGUUCGAGACCCGGAAAUGGUGAAGAAGGUCGGCUCGACAAAUCUAUAUAGUGCUGUCAGUGUAACGGGGACAUUACAACUAAAGCGCCAACCAAAGAAUAAAGCAGAGGGCUCUAAAGAAGGACCAGCGACGGCUAAAGACGUAGAACUUGUUGCAGAGGAGUUUGUAUGUCUAAAUUCGUUCAGCGAAGACAUUCCAUCUGGACCAGACCGUGUACACCCACCUACAAGCCGACAUUUACAAAUCCGAUUCGACCCCAAACUUCAAGCAGCCAUUUUAUUUAGAUCAGAAGUGUUGAAGUUCGCUCGCAAAGGGUUGGCAGACUUUACAGAGGUCGAAACGCCAAUCCUCUUCAAGUCCACCCCAGAGGGCGCAAGGGAAUUUCUUGUUCCAACAAGAAGGGCAGGACGUGCAUACGCUCUUCCACAGAGUCCUCAACAGUACAAACAAAUAUUAAUGGCAAGUGGUAUUGAGAAGUAUGUGCAAUUCGCUCGAUGUUUUCGUGAUGAGGACCUCCGGAGUGAUAGGCAACCAGAGUUUACUCAGAUUGAUUUGGAGAUGGCAUGGACGGACGGAGAGGGCGUGAUGAAAAGGGUUGAACAGUUCGUUAAAGACCUGUACUGCAAUGUUACUCAUCCAGCUUUCUCUCUUCCAUCGUUAGACCAAGCUCCAUUUUACCGGAUGGAUUAUGAUGAAGCCAUGACAGAGCAUGGCUCUGAUAAGCCGGAUCUUCGAAUACCAGGUUUAAUUCAUCGUAUCGAUCAUAUCGUUCCAAAACAACUUCUUGGGAUGAUAACCCAUCUUGAAAAUCCCAUUAUUGAAGCCUACAAGAUUCGACUGGACGGAACCCCGCAAACUAUACAGACAUUCUUACGAGAUUUUUUCAAAACCACUGAAGGUCAGAUAUUUGACCAGAACCCACACGGUGUGCCUGGUAUCUCGAUAUACGAUCCUCGUAAACCUCUGGAAGGCCUACAAACAUUUGGCUUCGAGGGCGCUGAGUUGAUCAAAGAUUUCUACGGUUCACUUCCAAAAGGGCGGCUCGAUAGCGAGGAGGAGCACAAGAUUGCAUCGACUCUUGAUGAAGGCGAUCUUCUUCUCCUACAAGCACGUUCGGACCUUUCACACUCAGGGGGUUCGACACCGCUUGGAGAUCUCCGUCGCGCAAUUUACCAAGCUGCCGUUUCAAGAGGUUUAUUGAAGGCAGAUCCUCGCCAUCUCUAUCUGUGGGUUACUGGCUUUCCAAUGUUCACCCCAGAGAACGGGGUUGAUCCAGGCCAAGGAGGUAGAUCCAAGUUCUCAGCGACGCACCAUCCAUUUACGGCUCCGAAGACUGCAGCGGACGUCGAUCUCCUCAUCUCUAACCCUCUAAAAGCGAAAGCAGAUCAUUACGACCUCGUCGUCAACGGCGUCGAACUCGGCGGCGGAAGCCGAAGAAUCCACAGUGCUGAAAUGCAAAAGUUCGUCAUGCGAGACGUUCUUAAAAUGCGUGAUGAGCGAAUCAACGAUUUCGAUCAUCUUCUCAAAUCUCUGGCCGCUGGAUGUCCUCCACAUGCGGGCUUUGCUUUUGGUUUCGAUCGUCUUAUGGCUGUCUUGUGUGGUACGGAUUCCGUACGUGAUGUUAUUGCGUUUCCGAAGAAUGGGAGUGGAGAUGAUUUGAUGGUUGGGAGUCCUGGUAAGAUAGGUUCAGAUGAUUUGAAACCGUAUCAUUUGAAACGGGAUUGA